ACAGUGACUCUGUCACUCAGGCUGGAGUGUAGUGGCGCGACCUUGGCUCACUGCAACUUCUUCCUCCUGGGUUCAAGUGAUUCUGCUGCCUCAGUCCCUGCAGGAGAAUCAACCCCCCCGAGUAGCUGCGAUCACAGGCACGUGCCUGGUUGCUGUUUGUUUUGAGUUGAAGUUCAGCACAUGUAGAACAUGCACACAGUCCAGGUGUACAAGUCAUCGCAAAGCACACGCGUGGGGAGCCGCCACCCAGGAGAAGCAGAGCAUGGCCAGCCCUCUCGAAGCACCCGCUCCUGCUCCUACCAACUCCUCGCUCCCCUUCUUCCAAGGCUUCCACUGGCCUAACUUCCUCCUUUUCUUUUAAGACAGGGUCUUGCUCUGUCACCCCAGGUGGAAUGCAGUGGUGCAGUCAUAACCCAUUGCUGCCUUGAUUUCCCAGGCUCAAGCAAUCCUCCCACCGCAGCCUCUCAAGUAGCUGAAAUGACAGGCACACACCACCAUGCCUAGCUAAUUUUUUUUUUAAGUUUUUAGUAGAGAUGAGGUCUUGUUUUGUUGCCCUGCUGGUCUGAAACUCCUAGACUCAAGCCAUCCUCCUGCCUUGGCCUCCCAAAGUGCUGGGAUAACAGGCCUGGCCCACUGUCCUGACUUCCAACACCCCGGGACCCUUUUGCCUGGUUUGAACUUAAUAUAAUUGCAGCUGUACCCCAGAAUCAUCACGGGCCACCCGAGUCCUCGUCAGUCCAUACUGUCACAUGCUACAGACCAUCUCAUGGCUGGGACAGUCACAGUUUAUUCUCCCAGGCCCUUGGGACUGAAAGAACCCAAAAUUUGGUUCUCCAUAGCACGCAGAAAUACAGCCACCGUGCUGAAGUGCUCGGCCUUCACACGUGAUUCUGCAGGAGGGGAGUUUUCUGUCCUGCUUCCUUGGACACAACAAGAGUCAGGGAGCAGUCAUCUUGACCUGUGAUGAGGGGGGGCUGUCUCCAUAGCAAAAGUGUAACUUUGUUGUAGAUGGGCGUAAGCCUCACCCUGGAGAGCGCUAGUGCGGCUUCAGGUCCAGAGUGUGGACAAGCCUCAGUACCGCGGGACCUUGCACUGCUUCAAGUCCAUUAUCAAGCAAGAGAGCGUGCUGGGCCUGUACAAGGGCCUGGGCUCGCCGCUCAUGGGGCUCACCUUCAUCAACGCGCUGGUGUUCGGGGUGCAGGGCAACACCCUCCGGGCCCUGGGCCACGACUCGCCGCUGAACCAGUUCCUGGCGGGCGCCGCAGCGGGCGCCAUUCAGUGCGUCAUCUGCUGCCCCAUGGAGCUGGCCAAGACGCGGCUGCAGCUGCAGGACACGGGCCCGGGGCGCGCCUACAAGGGCUCGCUGGACUGCCUGGCGCAGAUCUACGGAAACGAGGGGCUGCGCGGCGUCAACCGGGGCAUGGUGUCCACGCUGCUGCGCGAGACGCCCAGCUUCGGCGUCUACUUCCUCACCUACGACGUGCUCACGCGGGCACUGGGCUGCGAGCCGGGCGACCGCCUGCUGGUGCCCAAGCUGCUGCUGGCGGGCGGCACGUCGGGCAUCGUGUCCUGGCUCUCCACCUACCCCUUGGACGUGGUCAAAUCGCGGCUGCAGGCGGACGGGCUGCGGGGCGCCCCGCGCUACCGCGGCAUCCUGGACUGCAUGCGCCAGAGCUACCGCGCCGAGGGCUGGCGCGUCUUCACGCGGGGACUGGCGUCCACGCUGCUGCGCGCCUUCCCCGUCAACGCCGCCACUUUCGCCACCGUCACUGUGGUGCUCACCUAUGCGCGUGGCGAGGAGGCCAGGCCCGAGGGCGAGGCUGUGCCCGCUGCCCCUGCGGGACCCGCCCUGGCGCAGCCCUCCAGCCUGUGAGGCUCGCCCCCUGCCUCCUUCCCCGGGGCCCUUCUCGGAAACUCCAGACGUAGAUUGGCCCCUGAGCCGACCGCCCUGCUCCUCCUGGGAUGCUGUGGGCUGUGGACUGUCAGACCAGAGUUAAAUGUUGCUUAUCAGCUGGGUGACUUUGGCCGAGAACUUCACUCCGCUGGCCUCAGUGUUCUCGCCUAUGAAAUAGGGACCCUCAUAUCCACAUUGUAGAGUCACCAAGGUCAGAGAUUAUUCCGCGCAGCAGCCGGCACCGGGCCUGGCUGAGGCCAUGCUGUGCCCCGCACCACUACCAUGGAAUCCCAGGCAGACACUCCAGCUCCUUCCCGGGUCCCGGCCAUGCCAUUGUGCUUCUGCGCUACAGGCUGGCGCCUGGGGAGGUCUCUGAUGGCCCACCAAUGGGCGGCCCAGGGACCGGAUAACUCCACAUAUCCUCCACCCAGCAGGCUUGUUGGCCACCCCUCUGGUCUUUAAAGGUUAGGGAUAGAGGACACCUUAGUGUGCCUCCGGGUGCCGAAGAACUGGAUCCUCUGCGUACCCCAGCUUCUCCACAUGACACCGCUAGGGGUACCCCGGCUGCUGCCACUCCAGAGGGUGAACUGGGGACCCUCUGCCCUCCAGGAAGCCAUGGCAUCUGCUGGAGGCACCAUAUAAGCCCACAGGACUAGGGUGGGGAGCAGACAGGCCAGUGGGUGGAGGUCUUGACAGUUCAAGUGUGAUGCAGCUGUGGCAAGGAGAAAUCCUUCCAGCUUUCCAGCCUCGGGCUGCCCAUCCAUAAAAUGAGGACAUGGCCAGCUGAUGGACACCUGAGUCUCUGGCCCACCCACCACUGCCAGCCAGGAUCCCCCGAAGUGUGCAGAAGGCUCAGCAGAGAGCAGUAGGAGACGUCCCUCACUAGGGCUGGAACACCUCUGGCCACAGCCGAAGGUCAGUUUCUCUGCCCCCAGCACAUGGUGCCUCCAAGGCAUUCUCAGUGCCAGGGCUCUGUCCCUGUGAAGGUGCAGGGCCUGCUGGUGGGGUGGCUAGUUGGGGUCUGGGGCAGAAGAGGGCCGUUCUGGGCAUCCUGGGGAAUGUGCUUAAUGAGGACAACACUGGGCUUUGCACAGCCUGGCAUCACUCUACAGAAACCGUCACGGGAAUAAAGUGUUCUUUGUUUUGUAA